UAUAACAUGGAUGCCCCAGGCCUCCGUCGGACUGAAGAUACAAUGACGCUGGCAUAGCCAGCGGGAGGACGCUAAUUGGCUGACAGCCGCCGCCUCCCCGCGCUACUCCCGACCGGUUGACGCCAGUUGUUCCCCGCCUUGUGAUUGUGACUCGAUUCAAUGACUCCAUCGUCCCCAGACGCCGAUUUCCUUUCCUUUCUUUUCUGACUGUGCGUCUUGGCUUAUAGCCCGUUGACAGGCUCUUUUGAUAUCUGAUCUCUGAUUCGCUUUCUCCGUUGCUGUCUCCAGCAGGAGUACUGUAACUUACCUAGUAGUACCUACUGCAUCUCAACCGAAAGUUGGGCAUCGCCUGCCUCCGAGCUCCCCUUACUAAUUUACCCCUCUUCGACCACACCCCACGAUGGCCGACUAUCCUGUAGAUGCGGCGGCGGAGAAUGAUUCCAGUGGAUCGAAUAUCGCAUCGCCCCGCUCCAGCACAGAUUCCUGGACCACUUCUGUGGGCAACCGAUCUCUCCGACUUUCAUCUCACACGUCCGGUCACCAGCACCGCCAAAGCAUGAGCGAGAGCCUUCGCGGAACUCCUGGGUCUCCGAGGGCUCGACGACAACCGUCACUCACCCAGUCCGCCAUUCAGAGCCUCAUUGAUAAUCCUCCGGCUCCAAGCAAUGUCAACUCUGCAUUCGCCGGUCGGGACUGGCGGGAAAUCCAGAUUGGCGAGCUUGUCAGUCCCAACGACUUGAAAUUCGUGGAGGUCGAUACCGGGAUUGAAGAAGCGACGAAUAUCUUGAUCGAUACCGCAGCUCCGGUGCUCCUGAUUCGAGAAACGCCUGACCAGAAGUCUGCCGUGGGCACUUUCGACUACUCCGAUCUCAAUGCAUACCUCCUGUUGGCGGCAGGACUGACGCAACCCGAUGAAACGUUAUUGGCAUCGUACGAAGAACUAGCCCGAAAGGCGAAACAGGGCAUCAAGAUUCCGCUGAAGGAUGUGAAGGAUUUGGGAAGGAAAGAACCGUUGACAACGCUGCCUGCGUCGGCCAACGUGAUGACGGCCGUGCAGACUUUCGGGGGAGGUGUGCACCGCGUUGUGGUAGUCGAUGAACAAAAGGAAAGGGAAGUGGUGGGCAUCUUCAGUCAGUACCGGUUGGUCAAGUUUCUCUGGGAGAACGGACGUAGCUUCCCGGUGAUUGACCAGCUCUAUCCCCAAUCCUUGCAUGAGCUGGGAAUUGGUUCGCGCGAGGUCAUCUCAAUCAAUGGGGACCGGCCGCUCUGCGAAGCCCUUCAGGUCAUGAAUGACGAGGGGGUUUCAUCAAUCGCCGUGGUGGACAACCAUUUUAAUGUGGUGGGCAACAUUUCAACAACCGAUGUUAAGCUACUCACCCGGUCGUCCUCACUCCCACUACUGCGCAACACCUGUACACAUUUCAUUUCCGUUAUUCUGUCUACACGUGGCCUGGAAGAGGGCAAGGACUCAUUCCCAGUGUUCCACGUAAACCCGACCUCGACUCUAGCACAUACCGUGGCCAAAGUGGUUGCGACCAAGUCUCACCGCCUGUGGGUCACCGAUCCCCUGUCGCCCGCCUCGUCAGGGCCCCCGACCCCAUCUCAUUCAUCCGUGCACAUUCCUCUUCCGACGACUACGCAAUCUCCGCCGCAGACCCCCGCGAUCGGCAGUAAUCCGAGCCUACAGGCCCCGAAUUUCAGCUCUGCGCACCUGCCAAGCCCGCCCCAGUCGUUCCUCGGCGCGACAACCAUGGUGCCAUCGAUCCCUGCGUCAGCUCUGCCGGGGGCACGGCUCUCGGGACGCCUGGUGGGGGUGGUGAGUUUGACGGAUAUUCUGAACCUGCAGGCCCGGGCGAGCGGGCUCAGUCCGGCCGAUCCAGCGGAGAGUCGGAGUCGACGUCGCCGGAGCAGCAGCUCGAGUGUAAGUGUACGACGCAGUGGGGAGAUUGGACGGGAGCUGUUCAGUGGGAGGAUUGUAUAGGUGAGUACGACGGGAUGCAGAUGCAACCAAGACAGGCAUUGGCUUCACU